GAUGCUCUGGGGUGCAGUGCAAACAAAAUCUAAAAAAAAAAACACAAGCUGAGGACCCUUUACUUUCUGAAAAUCUGCCCAAAUGGCUCCGGACCUCAACUCCCUCCCUCCCUCCAGAUCAUCAACUUCUUCCCCGCUCCAUGCACGCAACAACUGGCCAGCUCCUAGCACAGAAGGACAAAGCAGUAAUGACAGAAAUCACUCAUCUUCACGAUCGUCAAGCAUUCCACCAGCAGCAGCCAUGAAUCCUCUUAGCUCAGCAGACCUGUCACACGGUUCACCCCUCGGUGGUGGACAUCGCAGCUCUCCUCAGAGCACUAGGCCUUCGAUCUCAGAGGGUCGUCGACGCUCUCACCUCAACUUGAAUGAUUCGCCCUCUGCUGCUGCUAUUGCAGGUACUGAUCAUCAUGAACACCGCUCACCUUCUUUCAGCAACUAUUUUCGUACUGCCAGCCCAUCGAGCUUGGGAGGGAGUCCUAUCAUCGCAACUGGGGACCCGCAUCAUCAGCGUGCACCAUCCUUGGGAGAGUUGCAUCAAGAACUUGAACAGGAGCAAGAAGCCCAAGUGAACCGUCUUCUCCAGAUGAUCCGUCAACAACAACUUCAGCUCCAGCAACUCCAACUCCAGCAACAACAGGGCUCAUCAUCCACUUCUGGGACUGCAGUGGUCGAUGACAACAACAAUCUCACUCCAAACUCUGAGCGCUCCCACCAGUUCCCCACCAUCCCACCACUCCCGACUCCAGGCGUCUCUCGCUCGUCAACAGUCCAUUCGCAUUCCCACUCCCCAUUCUCCACUCGUCGUGGUUCACGUGGCUCAGAGACAGCAGCGACAGCCUAUCAACCAUUCUACCCGCUUCCCAACGCUCCACCCUCCGACUCGGUCUUUGACUUGAGCGAUGUGUUGGACAGACAGCAACAUGACUCCUCUAUUGCAGCGCGUCGAGGAAGUCUGGACGACAAUGCGUACUACCAGGCUGAAAUUGCUAGUUUGAAUCGUGACAAUCGCAUGCUUCGUGCUCGUAUCCGAGUUCUCGAGCGUCAGAUUGCUGAAUUGUCCUCUUCUGCUUCCUCUACAGGUGCAGCAGCCGCAGGGAACACUGAUUCUUCUGAUGGGCCCAGUGUUACUACUACUACUGCGACUGCGACUCAGGUUGAUGCGGAUACGGGUUCUGCAGCUACCCAGGAAGAGCCCCGGGCAACAGAGAAAGACGCCACAGGCUGAAUCUAGAUUUAUUGACUGAUCUCUGCACGAGAAGGAUAGAACCGGUAUUCUAUCUAGGGACUCUACCUUGACAGACCAUUAAUUCAACACAUUUUCUAUGCAAGGGACAUGAACUCAGGAUCCAACAUCAAUUCACGACAUCAUGUAUUUUUAUUACUCUCAUCAACACGGAACGCAAAGAGCGAAAUGAACUGAAAAUAAAUCAGGAAGCAUAGUUUUAAUACAUUCAGGGUCGAGGGCAUUCGACAAGAAGCUUCACAAAACAAGCAAAUAAUGUUGUACUCUUGAGUAGUGAAACCACUUUUGGCCCCAUACAAAUGAAAUUCCAUUCAUUCU